AUGGCUUUCGUCGCUGUUAUUACUCCUACCACGCCAGGUCGAUCUGUCAAUUACAGCUUGCGAUUUGAAGUUUUUUAUUACAUCACAUUCACCUCUACACUGCUUGCUGGUUCCGUCUCUGGCUGCCGCUCGGCCAACACAUACUUUACUAUUUUACUUCCCCUCCUCGAUAUUGUACUCAAAACCUGGGCGCUUGCGGGAUUCAACUCGGCCAGCAAGCGACAUAUUAUGGAUCUAUCGCAUCAGUGUCUUGUCGAUGAAAUUGAAAGACAAAUACGCAUCUUGGAAUCCGAUACAAGUGAUAAUCUCACAGCGCGACGGCGUACAGCGCGACGGAGGGAGGAGUAUCUAGGCAUCAUCGAUGCAAGACAGCAAAAUUCUGAUCAACAAUAUCGUACUGAUCUUCUCACCCUACUUUCGAAUCUAACUAGUGACUACCUCCAAUCUAAAGCCGAAAACAAACCACCUCUACAUCUCAACAACCUGUCUCUGUUCUGGCAAAUACCGGCUUUUUGCGGCGAUGCCAUCGUUGUUGAUCAAAAUUACGCAAAGGACCGCAGCAAAGCGCUUCAAGACCAUCGUGCAGCCAAAGACACCUAUACUGCCGAUAUUUGGGAAAGACGCGAGCUGACGCAAUGGAUUUCUGGCCCAGAACCCUCUGUUCUAGUAGUUCAGGGCACUUCACAGUCUGUAGAGCGACUGGAGAAGUUCAGCGUUGAAAUGGUAGACUACCUUCAGGAGAGGUGUCCGACUGUUUUCCUCCUCAGCCCAUUACCGACCUUCUUUUACGAAAACUCAUUCUCCAGAGGCGUCUCUAGAGGCGGUGCUGUCCUGCGCCAAAUCGCUGUCCAAUGCCUACGGAUAAUACCCUCGUCAGUUAAAGAUGGAACACUCUCCUUUCUAGCCAAUGACGCCCUAUCCUUUCUGGACAAGAUGACAUUCAACUUCCAAACCGCUUGUCAUGAAGAUUGGUUUUCGAGUAUCGAAGCGGCUCUAUCUUACCAAGAGCAAGUGUAUAUAGUUCUGGAUAUUUCGAUUCUUCACCAGCAUUCUAGAGAUGCCUUUUCCUGGCCCGCUCGAUUUUUCAAUCUGAUCCACAAACUUCGGGGCCAGAAGACAGACCUGAGAGUUAUGAUCUUGACCGGUCGGAGUAUCGAUGGACUCCUUGGAGCUACAACUCGCAUCAUGUCAGUUGAUAUGGCGCCUCAAUCUCCACCACAUGCAGACGGUUUAUCUGAAUCUGAGCAUGCGAGUGUUUAUUUACCGCAGUCAAACAAACCUAGGGUUAUCGUAUCGCUACCGGCAUUGGCGGACGACACUGAGACUACGAAGGAGACCUUUGACCAAAAUUCCACGCAGUCGGAUCCUAUUAAUGGCAACCGAAAGGAAGAGCGCCAAAAUUUAGUAGAGGGCACGCAUAGAAGUGGCCUUGGAAGUUUUCAAGCUGCGGACUCUGGGGUGACUAGCGAAGGAUCGCCUAUAUCAUGGUUCAAGAACUUGACUUCAAAAACCCAGCCCGCUAUAUAUUCUUCCAGAAGCGCAAAAGGCAUCUCAUUCAAACCCGUUAAAAUUGCCGUACUGGACACUGGAUUCGCCUACACUGAAGAACAUGACAAGAAGUCUCUCAAACCAUAUAUGCAUCGUAUCAAGAAGUUUGUCAGCUUUGUCGAAGACGAGACAGAUUUAGAAGCCAUGAAAGAUCCUUCAGGCCAUGGCACAGCGGUCGCUGUACAGUUGCUCAAAGUUAGCCUCGGCGCCGUUCUAUACAUCUGUCGCGUAGCUACGUCCAGCAAAGAUGGCAACCGGGAACUCUUUCCUGACAAACAGGCUGUAGAAAGAGCAAUUAAGAAGGCUGUUGAAGAUCCAGAGAAGGGUGGAUGGGGUGUGGACAUUAUCAACAUGUCUUUUGGAUGGGCGUUUGACGAUCACGAUGGUGUUAGAAACGCGAUCCGAUUCGCACGCCGUCAAGGAGUUCACAUGUUUGCUUCUACGUCUAAUGAUGGUCUACUUGGUCCCCCAAACGACAUUUUAUAUCCUUCUCGGGCGCCAGAAGUCAUUGCGAUAGAUGCCGCUGAUGGAUUCGGCGAGUAUACAAGAACAACCGCAUCAUCCGUAUCCUCAUAUGGCAGAGGCCGAAGGUUUAGUGCACCUGGUACAAAACUCACAAGCCCCCAUUCAGCGGCCCUCUACGAUGGAUCAUCCUUUGCGUGUGCCAUCGCUGCAGGUAUAGGCGCUUUGGUGCUGGAAUUUGCAAGGCAGCCUCCUCUUCAAGCAAGCAAAACGGUGCAGAAUAGUUUGAAGGAAAUGUCAGCCAUGAUUGCCAUACUUGAGCGAAUGAGCGCUGAGAAAGGGCCUGAUAGAUUCAAAUUUCUCUUACCAUGGACACUCCUCGGUAAACCUGGACAGCCUAGAGAGUUCACUGCUUACAGCCUUGUGGACGAACUAAGAAACGAGUUUGGACUUGCUGUAGGGUCGGAAGUUUUCCCUUUAGAAGGAGAGAGUUGA